CCUUGUACGAAGGAAAAAAAUACAGCUCUUAUCAUGGCAACUAGAUGAACAGUUGACAGUCAAAAUGACCAUAUUUGAUUCUUUCAAGUUUCCUUUCCCGUUAAAAUGCGAAAUCCUUACGUGCCACCUCACACACACACAGGGACAAGUUCAGGAAGUUCUCCCAAUGAUAGAGGAGGAGCUUGCAGGUUCUUUCCAUUCACACCCCUCUUCGUGAUCUGUAAUAAGAGAAUCAAGUUCCAGGGGAUCUCUGCUCAGAAUCGUGUAUGUGAAAAGCUUCAGACUUGGGUGUUUCAAGGGUGUUCACUAGGUGUUUGAAGAAAGACCCGGUUGAUAAAUUCUGAUGGAGUUAACCCCAAGAGGAAGAACCCAGCACUCUCCUUUGACUUUGAGCAUUGACAGAGAUGCAGAUUCUGUUUUGGAGCAAGAUAGGGAGAUUCUGUCGAAGUGGGCUGCCAUAGAAAAACUGCCCACUUUCAAAAGGAUUAGAACUUCGUUUAUUGAUGUGAUUGAAGAUGAUGGUGGGCAAACCAGCAGCAGUAGCGUCAAUUUAAAGUCAGAGAGUAGAAGACAAUUGAGGUCAGACAGUAAAAGGGUCGUUGAUGUUACUAAACUUGGAGCACUUGACAGGCGUUUGUUGAUCGACAAGCUCAUAAAGCACAUUGAGAAUGAUAAUCUCCAGUUACUGCACAAAAUAAGAGAAAGGAUCGAGAGAGUGAAUGUGAAGGUUCCUACUGUGGAAGUCAGGUACAAGAACCUGCAUGUAGAAGCGGAAUGUGAGGUUGUACAGGGAAAGCCACUCCCUACACUGUGGAACUCUCUUGUUGGCUUCUUUUCAGGUGUUACGAAGGCAGUACCUUGUACUUCUCAAGGAACCAACAUAAGCAUUCUUAAGGAUGUAAGUGGCAUCAUAAAGCCAUCAAGGCUUACACUUCUUCUUGGCCCACCUGGCAGCGGGAAAACGACCUUGCUUUUGGCACUAGCUGGAAAACUUGAGCAAUCUCUCCGGGUGACUGGAGAAGUCUCUUACAAUGGCCACGUCCUAGAAGAGUUUGUUCCUCGAAAAACAUCAUCAUAUAUAAGCCAAUAUGACCUGCACAUACCUGAGAUGACAGUGAGGGAAACAAUUGACUUUUCAGCCCAAUGCCAGGGGGUUGGCGAUAGAGCUGAUAUACUGGCUGAAGUCACAACGAGAGAGAAAGAUGCAGGAAUCAUCCCUGACCCAGAUAUCGAUGCCUAUAUGAAGGCAAUAUCAGUUGAAGGACAAAAGGAAAAUCUGCAAACUGAUUAUGUUUUGAAGGUUCUUGGGCUUGAUAUCUGCGCCGACGCAAUGGUUGGUGAUGCAUUAGAUAGAGGCAUUUCAGGUGGACAGAAGAAAAGGCUUACAACAGGAGAGAUGAUUGUUGGUCCCAUAAAAACUCUGUUUAUGGAUGAAAUAUCGACUGGCUUGGACAGCUCCACCACUUUUCAAAUAGUUACCUGUCUCCAGCAGUUGGUGCACAUCACAGAUGCAACAGCAGUGGUUUCACUUCUUCAGCCAGCUCCUGAAACCUUUGAAUUAUUUGAUGAUCUUAUACUGAUAGCAGAGGGGAAGAUUGUAUAUCAUGGCCCGUGCAGUCAAGCACUCCAAUUUUUUGAGGAAUGUGGUUUCAAGUGUCCUGAAAGGAAAGGAGUAGCAGACUUUCUCCAGGAAGUAACCUCUAAGAAGGAUCAAGGGCAAUACUGGUAUCGUGCAGACACUCCUUACAACUAUGUUCCAGUGGAUCAGUUCUCAAAUUUUCAAAAAAGUUAUUGGGGACAGAGUUUAAAUGGCGAGCUCUCAAAGCCAUAUGAUAAAUCUCAAUCCCAUAAAAAUGCUUUAUCAUUUAGCGAGUACUCCUUGGGCAAAUGGGAAUUGUUUAAAGCUUGCAUGAGGAGGGAGAUUCUUCUCAUGAAACGAAACUCUUUUAUCUAUGUAUUCAAAACAGCACAGCUCACAAUCACAGCAAUCAUAACAAUGACAGUAUUUAUACGCACUCAGUUGAAUGAGGACAUAGAGAGUGCAAACUUUUUACUGGGCUCAUUGUACUACACACUUGUCCGCCUCAUGACUAAUGGAGUUGCUGAGCUGAUCUUGACUAUUACUAGACUUCCUGUUGUUUACAAGCAGAAGGAAUUCUAUCUAUAUCCAGCAUGGGCUUACUGUCUUCCAGCUUCCAUUCUGAAGAUCCCAUUUUCAGUUAUUGAUUCAAUUGUCUGGACUUCAGUAACUUAUUACGUUAUAGGCUACAGCCCUGAAGUGGCAAGGUUCUUCCGUCAGUUUCUUCUACUUUUCACUCUGCACUUGACAUCAACAUCCUUUUGCCGUUUCCUUGCCCCGGUUUUCCAAACUGAUGUUGCAGCUACAACAGUCGGUUUUUUGUUCUUAGUACUGAUGUUUUUGUUUGGAGGCUUCAUUCUUCCUAGACCUUCAUUACCAUCUUGGUUGAGGUGGGGUUUUUGGCUCUCUCCCGUGACAUAUGGAGAAAUUGGAUUAACAAUAAAUGAGUUUCUUGCUCCCCGCUGGCAGAAGAUUCAAGAGGGAGGCAUCGCCAUAGGGAGGCAGGUUUUAACUAGUCAUGGUUUAGACUUCAAUGCAAACUUCUACUGGCUAUCAAUUGGAGCACUGCUUGGUUUCACAGUACUUUUUGAUUGAUUUAUCUUAGCAUUAAGUUACUUAAAACCAUUUAGGCCAGGAGUUCUCACAGCACUGAUGGGAGUGAGUGGAGCAGGGAAAACAACUCUUAUGGAUGUUCUUUCAGGGAGAAAAACUGGAGGUAUCAUUGAAGGAGAUAUAAGAAUUGGAGGAUACCCCAAAAUGCAGAAGACGUUUGCUAGGGUUUCAGGUUACUGUGAGCAGGUUGACAUACAUUCCCCUUAUAUAACAGUUGAAGAAUCUGUAAAAUACUCAGCAUGGUUGCGGUUACCAAUGGAGAUUGAUUCAGUCACAAAAGGGAAAUUUGUAGAAGAAGUCAUUGAAACAAUUGAACUUGAUGAUAUAAAGGAUCGUUUAGUUGGCAUAGCUGGCCAAAGCGGCUUAUCAACUGAACAGCGUAAAAGACUUACCAUCGCAGUGGAGCUUGUGUCCAAUCCAUCAAUAAUCUUUAUGGAUGAACCAACCUCAGGUUUGGAUGCCCGAGCAGCUGCCAUAGUUAUGCGUGCAGUGAAGAAUGUGGUCGCCACAGGCAGGACCACGGUUUGCACCAUACACCAACCAAGCAUUGAUAUAUUUGAGACUUUUGAUGAGUUGAUUCUAAUGAAAUCAGGGGGACAGAUUAUCUAUAAUGGAAAACUCGGUCACCAGUCGAGCAGACUCAUUGAAUACUUUCAGAAUAUACCAGGAGUGCCAAAGAUCAAAGACAAUUAUAAUCCUGCAACCUGGAUGCUAGAAGCUACCUCUGCAUCUGUAGAAGCAGAACUUAAAGUAGACUUUGCAAAAAUCUAUAAGGAUUCACCUCUUUGCCGGAACACGCUUGAAUUGGUACAAGAGUUAAGCGAGCCACCACCAGGUUCAAAGGACUUGCAAUUCUCAACUCGUUUUCCACAAAAUAACUUGGGGCAGUUUACAGCAUGUCUAUGGAAGCAACACUUGUCCUAUUGGAGAAGUCCUGAGUACAACUUGACACGUUUUGUGUUCAUGGUUGUUGCAGCAGUAAUAUUUGGGGCAGUAUUUUGGCAGAAAGGGAAGGAAAUAAACAAUGAGCAGGAUUUAUUCAACAUACUUGGAUCAAUGUAUAUUGCUGUAAUAUUCUUGGGCAUAAAUAACUGUUCAUCAAUAUUACCAUAUGUGGUAACUGAGCGCACGGUCUUGUACCGUGAAAAAUUUGCUGGAAUGUAUUCUUCCAUGGCCUACUCAUUUGCACAGGUGACCAUUGAGAUACCCUAUAUCUUAGUGCAAGCUAUUGUGUAUGUGGCUAUCACUUAUCCAAUGAUAGGUUACUAUUGGUCGGUUGAGAAGGUCUUUUGGUACUUCUACACCACAUUCUGUACAUUUUUGUACUUCAUAUAUCUUGGAAUGUUGAUAGUUUCGUUGAGCUUGAACCUCGAUUUAGCUUCCAUACUAGCAGCUGCAGUCUACACCAUAUUCAAUCUUUUCUCUGGAUUCCUCAUGCCAGGACCGAAAAUUCCUAAAUGGUGGGUCUGGUGUUAUUGGCUUUGCCCCACAUCUUGGUCUCUGAAUGGCCUCCUGACUUCACAAUAUGGGGAUGUUGACAAGGAGAUGCUCAUAUUUGGGAAGCCAAAACAAAUUGGUGCCUUUCUGAAAGACUAUUAUGGGUUCCACCAUGAUCGGUUGAACAUUGUGGCUGUGGUUCUCGUCGCUUUCCCAAUUGUUUAUGCAUCUCUAUUUGCCUAUUGCAUAGGGAAAUUAAACUUCCAGAAAAGGUAGCCAAAGAGAUACUGAAAGCUCCUUCAGCUCAAUUUUGAUGUAUAGAAAUGGAAAUGCACGGCUACGUCAGUGAGCAGUGUUCCCUAUUUGAGUCUUUUUUGUCUCUUAUUUUUCUAUUUUCUGUAAUUGUUUAUAUUUUAAAUGUAAAAAUCCUUUUAUCUUAUGAACACACUAUCUAUAUAUCAACGAUUGAUGAAGAAAAUACAAGUGUAGUAAAGUUCAAGAUAGCACUAAUUUCAA